UACGGCUGGGGCAUAGUACCAGUGAAUAUAGGACCAGAAUUUUUGCAUGGCAUUUUGGAGUGGCGGUUCUUGACGAAGUGGACCGAAUUUUAUCCUAAAAAAUGUGCAGUAAAAUGAUGAAGAUGGUGAAGAAGCGAGAGUAGAUCUCUCAGACAAACACCAAACCUUCUCAUAAAAAAAGGGGGAACAACUAAACAUGGCUGCCCCCGUCCAUGUCCAGCUUCGCAACGCAGAGAGCUCCAUCUUGUUCAUGCAGCAGGAGCAUGCUAAGACGCUGCAGGGGCUGCACCAGGAGCUGCAGAAACUCCAGAAGAAGUGUGCCGAGUUGACCUUUGAACUGGCCAUGAAGGGCGAUGCUCCAGACCAAGCAGAAUUAUACGUGAAGAAACAGAAGGCGCUAGAGGCCCAGCUUCAGGAGAAAACUGCAGAAUAUGCAGAAGCCAAGAAAGAACUCGAGAAGCGGGAUUCCAGAGUCAGCUCCCUAGAGCAGCAGGUGAAGACCCAAGAGCACCAACACCAAAAUGAGAUCAAGCAUUACAAGCACCAAGCCUCGGUCAUGACCAGUGAGUUAGAGCAGCGCUCCAGCAGCAUUGCCUACCUGACGACCCAGCUACACCAGCUGAAGUUACGGCAUCGGUCGCGGAGCAAGGACGAAGCAGCGUUGGCUGACGAGAGAAUCAGCAGCCCAGCUCCGCCCAAGGACAAGCCGCACCAUGUGCGCCGGCACAAAGUCCGAACUAGCUCCAUUGGGCUGGAGGGUUUGAAAGCCCCUCUGCGGGCAAUCCACCCGGCCGGCUUGGACAACAGCGAUUUGCUGGACUACGCAUCAUAUGUGGCGGAUACAGCAGCCACACCACAGUACAUCGUCAGGACUCGUCGAUCGGGCUCGGCAGGCCCACGCCGGCACAGCUCUACGACGCACUCCAGAACGGACAUCCUAGAUCUUCAACCUUUCCUGGCCAAGAACGCGAACUGCGGCCCAGAGAUGCGGCCUACACCCCCACCAAUCUUGCCCCCGAUUCCUCCCAGCGAGGACAGGAACCGAAACAUUUUAGACAAGCGCAACAUCUUCUCUAAGCGAAGCAUUCACAGGUCCAAUCCGGAGUUUGACCAGAGUCUGACAGCGGCGAUGGAGACACUGGCCGUUGAAAAGGUCUGCUCAGGAGAGAAAGACUUGCGACAAAUAGAGCAGUCUAAAUCAGACUGAUUUCCUGGUUUGUGGUUUUCUGAAGUGUGCCAUUUUUCAUUCACAGAAUCAAACACAAUUUGAAAUUCUUUUGAAAUGCCGAAAUGAUUGUGCAGUUAAAUUUUUAAGUUGUUUUUACAUUUUAUAAAUUAUAAUUUCAUUUUAAGUGUGCAUUACAAAAAAACUCUUAAGGCAUACUGACAGAUAUCAACAAUAGUUAAUAUAAUAUUAACAAAAAUGUAAUAUAAUGUAAUACAUUACAAACAAAAAUACUGAGGUUGAAGUGUACAAUUGCUGAUUGGUACUUGCAUAUGUACAUAUUGAUCUACAUGAUCAAUGUGUAUGUACAUGUAACUUCAUUGGUGUCCCCUAAAUUGGUCAAAAAUGCCGGUAUGGUUUUAAAAACACCUACUAUCUAAGACAAAAGUCAAACAUAUUUGUCUAGUGACAAGUUCCAGUUUUUCCCUCUUCGGUUACAUUUGGAAUUUUGUUCCCUCAUUAAGUACGCACUUGUACGAUUAGGUUUGACAUCAACUUCUUUUUAUAAAAAUAUAAAUGCUCCAGGCAGGGGGAAAAAAAUAAGUUGAAUCCAUAUCAUGAGAGGAAAAAAGAUAGAAUAUUGCUUAAAUCUAAGGUUAGACAAGGCAAGUAGCCAAUCAGUUUUGGAAAACAAGCAUGAUGGAAUUGUUACAAGAUAAGUUUGCGGUAGCACCAUGUGAAUUAAUCUCUUUUGUGAGUAUACUCACAAAAGAGAUUUAUUCACAUGGUGCUACCGCAAACUUAUCUUGUCUUAGUAUCUUUCCACCAUGCAAACUUUCAAAUCUCAUGAUGGAAUUGAUCAAAUUGAGAGAGAAUCUUACCAGGCAAACAAUCAUAUAUAUACGUGUAAAUCACAACAACAAACAACAUUGGUUUGCUUAAUAGUACGGAUAAGCGUAGAAAUGGUAGAGGGGCCUCAAACAUUAUAAUGUUUAAAAGAUAAUAUAACUCACAGCAUC